AUGGCAUUGACUGAUUUGCCGGCCGAUGCGGUCGCUCAAGAUGCAUCUCUCGCCUCGCGCCGCCUCGCAACGCUGUCCAAUGCCGACCGCAGUAACGCCUUGACGAUACUACAUGAAGCUUUGGCAAAGAAAGAAAACCGACACUUUAUCUUGGAGGCCAAUGCCAAGGACAGGGAAAACGCCGAAAAAAGCGCGGCCGCGGGGAAUGGCCUGAGCGACAGUGUGAUCAAAAGACUAGAUUUGUCGCAUGGGGAGAAAUAUAACGACAUGCUUCAGGGAAUUCUAAGCGUGCGAGAUUUGGAUGACCCCAUUGGAAAAGUGUCUCUCCGAACCCUCCUUGACGAUGGACUCACCCUCGAAAGAGUCAGUUGUCCUAUCGGUGUGCUUCUGAUCAUUUUCGAGGCCCGGCCGGAAGUCAUUGCCAACAUUGCCGCAUUGGCUAUCAAGUCGGGCAAUGCUGCUAUCUUGAAGGGCGGGAAGGAGUCUACGGAGUCAUUCAAGGCGAUCGCAACCGUUGUCUCUGCUGCUAUCAAGGCAACUCAGGUGGUGCCGGAAUCGUCAAUCCAGCUUGUCCAGACACGCGAUGCCGUAUCAGCUCUGCUAGCUCAGGAUAAGUUGAUCGACUUGGUCAUCCCCCGAGGUUCUAACGAGCUCGUGCGGUUUGUGAAGGACAACACGAAGAUUCCCGUGCUGGGACAUGCCGACGGUCUGUGUUCAGCCUACAUCCACGCUGACGCCGACGCGGAAACGACCGUGAAGGUCAUUGUGGACUCCAAGACGGACUAUCCAGCGGCAUGCAACUCAUUGGAGUCUUUGCUUGUCCACGCGGGCACUCUCGAAUCGAUUUUCCCGAAAGUAGCCGCUGCUCUGCUGGCCAAAGGCGUUACACUGCGCUGUGAUGACCUUUCAAAGAACGCCUUGACCGAAUUCCUGCCAAAGGCCCUGCUUGCCGAGAAAUCGUCUCUCAUCCAAACGGCCAUCGCUUCCGAUUAUGAAACGGAGUUUUUAAGCCUGAAGUUGGCAGUUAAAACAAUCCCUGCCUGCGAUUCCCCGACUGCCGCUCUACAGACUGCCAUGGAACAUAUCAAUUCGCAUUCAUCGAAGCAUACUGAUCUUAUUUUGACCGAGUCCCAAGAAGCAGCGAAUAUCUUCACUAGUGGGAUCGACAGCGCAGGCGUCUUCUGGAACGCUUCUACCAGGUUCGCCGAUGGAAUGCGGUUCGGGUUUGGCACCGAAGUUGGCAUCAGCACCAACAAGAUCCAUUCGCGUGGACCCGUCGGACUGGAGGGACUGACGAUCUAUAAAUACCUGAUCCGGGGAAAUGGGCACCGAGCAUCGGACUACGGCCAAGGCGGACGGACUUACCGCCAUACAAACCUACUAUCAACGGGUAUUUAA